AUGGGCCACCUUACGCAUCAUCUCAGCGUCUGGACGGCAGGCUUGCUCGCCUCUGCUGCGGCUGAAGGAUCGAUUCCUCUUGUCAAGAGAGAUCAUCCCGCCGUGGUCUCAGCACCGGCCAUGAAGGAUCUGGGCGGCUACUGGCUGAAUGUGUCGAUCGGAACGCCGCCGCAACCACUGGCCUUGCUGGUGGACGCCCAGGCUGCAGGCAUUUCUGUGCUGUACCCGGGCGCUGAGAGCGUGGAAUGUUCUGAAGAACGUUACUGCUCGUUCUAUGGCCAGUUCGAUCCUCGCAACUCAUCUUCUUUCACGUCGGAUGAAGACCAUUGGCGAGAGAUCCGCCCACGAUAUAUCACUGGCCUGGAUACACUCACACUCGGAGAUUCAAGGGCCACCAAUCUCUCUUUGAGACUGAACUAUGUGGAUGGCAUUUCUAGCUACAGCUCCAUCGGCAUUGGUCCCGACAACACCAGCUUCGUCUACCAGCUCGUCGACCGCGGUCUGAUCAGCACCCCGUCCUUCAGCAUGUGGCGCGACCCCGUCACCGAGCUGGACGUGGAAGCAGACCCAGGCGACACCCCCGGCGGCAUCAUCUUCGGCGGCAUCAACGCGGCCAAGUUCAACGGCCCUCUGCACGCCUUCUCGUUCAAAGACUCUGCCCCAACCAUGACCGUCCCCGUCCGCGGCGUCCAAGUCCACGUCGAUCCCACCGCCAGCUUUAUAUCCACCCCAAACAGCACCACCACAGCUCCGAUCAACGCCACCUUCGCCGAAACCCCCUUCGACCUCCAGACCAGAUACAUCACCUCGUACUUCCCGCGCGACACCGCAAUGGCCAUCUACGCCGCCCUCAACAUGACCAGCACCCGCCGCGACGACGGGUACUAUCCCACCCCGCAAGUCCCCUGCAGCCGCAGCGCCGAGAACCACACCCUCACCUUCCUCGUCGGCUCUGCGUCCUUCAAUAUCCCCUGGACCGCCUUCCUCAGCCCCGCCAACAUCCCCAGUCAAGGCCAAUGCUCCUUCCACAUCACAAUCCCCACCGACGACGACGAGUACCCCUCUCCCUACAAGGGAACACUGGGGAGCACGAUCCUGAGCUACUUGUAUCUGGCCGUCGACUACAACAGCAUGAUGGUGGGGCUUGCGCCCGUGAACCGGAAUCCUGGCGACGAUGAGAUACGGGAGAUUGGAACGGAGGCGCCGCAGUUCCCCGGUGCUGAGGGUGAUUUUCCGGACGCCAUUUCGGCAUAUACGCCCGCGCCGACGACGGAGACGGUCGCGACGGAGACUUCGGAUGGGUGGGCGGCGGCUAUGAGGACUGCUGCGCCGGGUGUGUUGCCUGCUGCUGUGGGCGCUGUCUUGUUUGGGUUGGUUUAG